AUGGUGAGGACAGAAAAGGAGAGACAGGGAGUUUGUUCACUCUCUGACUUUACUUUGUUUCUUAUUUGACUUAACCAAAUUUUCACAGAUUCCUUUUUUACGCGCUGUGAUAGCUGAUUAAAAAAAAGUUUUCUCUGACUUUAUCGAGCUUGUGUUGACAUGGUUUAUUCCCUCCGGAGGUGGAGGCUAUUGAUGGGAUUUCUCUCACCGGUGCAUCAUCACCCGAGGAUUGCCGGACAGUGAGUCAGGGAGCGUUUGGAGGCUGGAUGGACAACAUGUCUCCACAACAGGACAGCCUCGGUGGACUGCAAGCAAACAAACGGGUGCGUUGUAUACUGAUGGAGAACCAGUUUGUAUGUUUGGAAACACAGCUGUGCGUUUAAUCAAAAGGCAAAGUGUCAUUUACGCAUCAUUAAUGCUUUAUUUAUUAUCAUCCGGAGAGUUAAACGGGGGCAAACUUCUCAAGAGGAGAAAAUGCUGUCAUAUCCAGCACCUUUAUUGGCUCACAGACGCGGUAAAAUUAUGAAAACAGUCGUAUUGUGAGUUAACCCGCUUAUAAAUAUGAAUAAGUAUAUGGUUUGUCACACAUUAAGGCUUUUUACGGAGGUGAGACCCCACUUGAAAGUCUUCAAACCCCUGAAAUGAGAGGAAUAGUGGCAAAAUCAGGGUACAAAUAAUCCAAAAUGCCUGUUAACUCGUGUUUGUGUAGUGUAUGACUUUUCAGACACCUUUAAUUAAGACGUUAUCAAAGGAGCUAAUUAGCGCCGUUAAUGAAAGGCAGCUGGUUAACCGUCAAAAUAAAGAUGGCGUCAGUUAAUAAUUAUCUGUUGCUAGCAAGAUUGUUAACAUCGUUUCACAAAUAUUCAUCAUUCUUUUUGUGUUUUAAGCAGUUUUGAUAGCAGAUACAGACACAAACACAUGGUAAAGUAGUGAUUUACUAACUUUUUUCUAAACAUAAGUUCACUUAAGCACCUUCAAAAUGGUGUAAAACACAUUCAGUACUAUCAGAGGCUGGUAUGUGUUGCUUAGUAUGUGGUUUCCCAGCUUUAAACUCAUAUCUCCACAUGUUAGAUUUAUUCUUAGGAGUGAAAGGUAACAUUUUCAUGUUUGCCUGAAUGUAAGGAAUGUCCCAGCACUGUGUGACCCUGUUAAAUCAAUGAUGUUACAUUGUGAAAUGUCAAAAAUGUGUGGAGAAGGUGAUAAGAUGGAAGAGGAGGGUGACAUUUUCUCAUUUUGACUUGGAUUGACUUGAGAAAUCCUUUUGUAUCAUGACAAAAUUAUCCCAAAAUGAUUAAGAAUGUAAAGAAAGUUUGUAGAUGAUUAGAAACUUAACUUUUGGUUUAAAUCCAGUACUAAAAUAUAGCCUACAAACUGAUGUUUUAAGUCAUAACAGCCUCACCUCGAAGGUUUUCUUAGUGUUAAAAACAACAACAAAAAAAGCACAUGCUAACCUAAAAAAAUAAGGUCAAUAUAGAUCAUCUAAGUACUGGAUGGUGUAUGUUUGCAUAUUAGCAUGCUGUUAUAGAUUUAGUGUAAAGAAAAAGUAAUUUAAUUUGAUAACUUUUGGUUAAAAGUGUCAUUAUAGAGGGUCGGCAAGCUAACGAGCUCCAAAGCUAACCUAAUAAGUAACCUUUAAAGAACAAUAUAUAAUCCAGUUAACACCAUCCACAUAAUAUUUGACCAUAUAAGCUUUUUUUUCCAAAUAAAAAAUGGAUAAAAACUUACAGUUUGAAUACAAAGUCAGUAUUUUUAGGACAUACUCACCGUCUUCUUUGGGUUUUAUUUUACUGUAUUUUUUGGUGCCAGAACUAUACAUGGUUUCGGGAACAUUGGUUAUAGUGUUACUCGCAAACCGCCAUUAAUUAUGAAAUGUCAGGUACACCGCUGCAGUCAGAUACGCUGAUAGUGUUCUGCACAAAUCCUCCCUCACAAACGUUUUAAAUCGUUGAAAGUAGGAUUAAUAAUCAACCAACCUGCUGAUUUAGCCAAGAAUAACGACAGCGACUGGUUCGUGACUGGGAGUUUUAAUCAUACAUACAACUAAAUCACUGUGGUUGUGUAAUGUUUGUUUAUCACCUUGCUUCACACUCACAAAUCCUUCUACAAUUAGAUGGAAUAAAACUUGAAUGAUCCUCGUGGGGAAAUUAGGAUAAUAGGAUCUUAAUAUAGUUGCAAGCGGCAGCUGGAAGGCUGCUGUACAAUGGGAACAGGGGAUUAAUUUGGUGUAAUGGUGCCAGUACUUUACCACUCCUGGAUUACUUAAACACACUGUAAGGACAAUUAAAGAAAAAAAAGCGUAUAAAAUCUGCAGUUUAGUCGAAGUGUGAGAGAGGUCAGGAGUGUCAUGGCAAAGAGAUAGAUGCUGCUGAGCACAGAGGUAACCGUGAAAAUGUCGUCAUCUGGCUUAUGUCCAAGCUCAGACAUUCCCAUGAGUUUAAAUUCUCCUGCUUCAAUCCGCUGCGCCUGUCCUUUUGGAGGACACAGUCAGAUGAUGUGAUGAAUGUGCUGACCAUUAACGAUUCUUACGUAACACACGAGGAAAGCGUAAACAUUGCACACACGUGGAGUAAAUCUUGCUCGCCCGUCUUUGUAGGAUGUUGUUUGUCAUGGGAAAAUAUGAUGAAGGAAAAGGAGAGAAGGAGUUAGAAUGCACAUGUUAAAUGAAAUCUUCAUUUGUUAUUGUAACAUACCUUCUUUUUCUAUCGGACUCCUCUAGCGAAUGAAGAGUAUGACAUAUCGACGCCAGUCUGCCCCGUCUCUUGUCAUCACGAAGGCUCUCAACAGAUCCAAGACACUCUCCAGGUAUGGUAAAAUACAAAAAGAGACAAUCAUAGAUCAUGUACAUAUUCAUAAACAACAGUAACAGCUGUGUAAACUUACCUGGAUUAUAGCAGCCAAAAUAACCAAAAAGUUACAAUGAGUAGAAAUGUGAAUAUUUAGCGAAAUCCAGCGGACAGAUAUUAAACCGAAAGCCUCCUUACUCACCCUCAAUGGUGGCCUUUGAGGACAAGAAGCUCCUGUGAUGCAUGAGAAGAAUUGUCCUGCAAGUUUGUACCAUCAAGAACUCUUGACUGUUCAUGAUCAAAUGAUCAUCUUGACUUUGUCUGUUAUGAUCUUGAGUCAGUGAUAGUGUUACCCCCGCUGAAAUGAUUACGCAGAGAUUAAACGCCACACUGAAUAACAAGUAAAUGAUCUUGACUUAAAGAUGAUGCAGUAAUCCUCAUGUGCUUCAGGCAGGGAUCUUGCCUGACUUUAGCCGGCUUAUUUAAAAUAGUUAUGUUCUCGAUCAAAUGAUGACAACGAUCUUGACUAAUUGAUACCUUUGUUUACUCAAAUACAUGCAAAAAAGGGAUCUUGACUGAAGAAUUACCACGUUAUCGUGUCUUUACACACAUGUUGUAGUCUUGACCAAAUGAUUACUGAAAAAUCUUGACUACACGCUUAUACUCUGACUCAGACCAAACAAUCAUCAAUCUUGUUUUAACACUUAGGUUAAGAUCUUGACCCGUUAAUCAGUAGUCUUGAUAGAAUAUUAAUGUUGUGCUCUUGAUUACAUAAUAACCUGUUAAUCUUGACGAUGUUGAUGUCAUGAUCUUGACCAAAUAACUAACUGGUGAUUCUGACUUAACGCUAAUGUUGCGAUCUUGACGAAACUUAAUGUUGUGAUCUUGACCCAACAAUAACUGGUUGAUCAUGACUUAAUAUUGGUGUUAAGAUUUUAAAAUGAAAAAAAACAACUCAUGAUCUUGACAAAACAAUUAUCAAUCUUGACUUAACACUGACAUAACGAUCUUGACCAAUUAUUCGGCGAUCUAAACCGAAAACUGAUGUUGUGUUUUUGACCAAUCAGAAACCAUAUUCUUUUUGCUGUGGUAACCAAAACACUACCCAGUGACUUAGUCUUCAAAAUUAUGUUUCAAUCUUGACUUAUCAAUUAUCAAUCUUGACCGAAAACUCAAGUUGUGAUCUUGACUAAUUAUUAAUGUUGUGUUCUUGAAUACAUAAUCUCUUGAUCAUGACUAAGUGCAGGUAAAAAUGUGCGUUGUCUUUAUUUAAAUCCAUGUAACAGUAGAAAAUAAUCCACGCAAGAUCCCCACUGGGGUAGUCUGUUCAGUUUGUUUGGGGCUAUAGAUUGAACUUGUUGAUAAAAACGCCAUGUGACUGCUGUGACUUAAGGAGAAAGAACAAUCAGCAGAGAGAGCGUUUGUGGCCGUGAUCACGUCAGGAGGGUAACUGCAGGUGCUGGUUGAUGUUCAGGGUCAACACAAGUUCCAACAGCGUUAUCUAAGGUUCUUGGAAACAGUCUUCCAUAUUCCAUCUCUCUUACAUAGUGGCACCUAGGGUCAAGUAGCUCUAAUAAAACCCUGAAACCACACUCCAACACACGGGAACGCACGCACUCACACAUUCGCAUGCCUCUCGCACAACCCCGACUGAGGUGUUGGAUCCACUCAGGUAGAUAAUCCUCCUGUAACACGGCUUUCCAGAGGAUCAGGCAUCUACUAAUAGCCCUGCCUUUGAACAUAUUGAGUGGGUAGUGGAGAAGAAAUAACCUCAUUAAAGAGAUCCUGCAAAGGUGGGACCCACCUGGACCGCUGACAGUGUUUGUGUCCCUGUUUGUACGAUACACUUAAUAACCUAAGAGUGACCACGUGUACUCUGGACAACUUGGGAGUGACUAAUCAAAUCAUAUUCCUUCUGGAUGAAUGAAUAAUGAUCUUAAUUUGAGUGUAAGGACUUUCGCUUAAAAUACAGUGUAUUUAAAGGGACAAUAGGGAUUUUUUCAUUCAGUCAAAAUUCUAUCCAGAGGCUUAGACUGUAGUUUUUGUAGCAAUAUUUGAGGACCUAAUUUUUACCCACCAAGCCCUCUGCAGCUUUUCCUUUUCAUAGGCAGAAACCACGAGCAGAACCAAACUCUUCCCGUAGCAAGAUGAGCCCACUUAAGAAUCGAAUUUGAAGUUUCUCUAACCCAUACCUCACCCAACCCCCAAACUGGUCAGCUAAGAACCAUUACAUAACACAAUUUACAUAACGACGAGCGUGGGAAUCCUUUUUAUCUUUCAUUAGCUUCAAUUCGAUUCCAACUUGAUGUAUGUUGGAAUCGAAAAGAAGGAGAGACACAGAUCUUAACUAAAUAAUCGAAUGAAAGGAGGUCAAACUGAGACUUUUCUGUUUACAGUUGGACGUCAGCAACAAACAUGUCCUCUGAAAACCUCAGACAUCUCCUUAUAAGAUUGAAAGGUUUCACCCGAUGACUACAUAGCCGCUUAGCAUCAACGGCCAGUCACGCCUGAUCAAAGGCAAGCUACAGUAUCCUCCUAAUUAAAGGCUCGUUAAAACAGCAUGAAUGUAUUGUGGUACCAAUACAUUGAAAUAUACAAAAAAGAACAAACAAAAAAACAACUUAAUAUCCUAAAAUGAAGAAGUAUCCAGUGGAGGGAGGUGAGGAUGGUUGUAAGAAGCUGUAACGUCCCUGUGCAGGUGAAAACAAAAAUGAAAAACCAAAUUAAAGGAACUUUUGGUUAGUAUCAGUUUUGGUGCCCCCUGUGGACAAAGCAGUAGUGCCUUUCCAAAGCAUAAUAUCAUCCAGCAGACAGUUAAAGGUGAUCUAUGUUAUUUAAUGUGAAUAUUUUAUGUGUAAUUUGAAAAAACAGGGGUGUUCCCUUCAUUGCUUAUCCCCUUAAACCAACUUCAGAUGUUAAAAGAACCAUCUAAAAAUGAUCAAUCUUGAUGCUCUUGGUUGCUUUCUGAUACCAGGGACCGGCGGCACUAUGAAAUUCAGUCUCUCGUAAAUGUAAAAAAAUAUCCUUCUAGGAGCUUAAAUCUCUUUGUCUAUUUUAAAAUCAACAUUAUUUUGAACACCAAGAUUAGAGAAUAUGGGUUUGACACAAGUUUGCAGGGACCCGAGUCUGGAAUCACAGAGUCCAAACAUGAUGACUUCAGCCUUUUUUUACACAGAGUUUAAAUGACCCAAUGUUGUCCAUUUCCUCAGAGCUGUCCAAUAAGGGUUUCAGGGAGCUUUUAUCUUCUUUUCCAGGGACAGGUACACUUAUGUAUCGUCUGCAUACAAAAGGUAAGAGACACCAGGUUUCUUAAAAAUGAAACCUAGGGAGAAAAAGUUCAAUGCAAACUGUAUGAGUCUGAGAACUGAACCUUGGGGUACCCCACACGAUAGGGAGAUGAGUUUGACAACAAAAUACAUGUUAGAGAAAAAAAUUCUGUAACAUGUUUUGGUUGUUGCAGUUCCUAGCAUGUUGAUUUUGUGCACAUGUCUUUUUUAGACUAGUUUUACGCAACGAUGACUCCUGCGAACACACCGUGAAAAAAGUAACAGCAGGUGUUACUUUGAACCGCUUCUCUUAGGUUCAUGGCACUUUUGGCACCUGUAGCAGUAGUGUGCAUACGACGUCUGAUAAAAUUCCUCCCUUCCUUCAAAAAUAUCACUUUAAUGUGAGUAUUUGUGUGGGAAAAAAAAGCUUUUUUUAUCAGCUUGCUGUCAAACAUCUCGUCAUCCACCCCAUGGAAUAUUUUGAGUGGCUUGUCUUAUGUUGUUGUAACGGCGGUAAAACAGGAUGUUUUCAAGUCUAUGUUGUUGCAUUUCAGAGAUAACUUUGUGAUCCCUGUGGUCCCUGAGUCCUGCCCGCUGGUCCAGUCCUUCCUCACCGUCCCCGGCAGGUCGUUUCUCCUUCACGGACACGCUCAGUUGAAAACAGGCAUGCAAACCCAGGAGAGACACCUGUUCCUGUUCAGCGACAUCCUCGUGAUUGCCAAGGCCAAGUAAGCACAAGCUUGUAUUUUUAUCUCGGAGAGCGGCAGUUACGGACGUUUUGGCUUUCUCUCAUUUCCCGCCGUGAUCCAUGGGGUUAAUACCUUUGUGUAUGAUUAAAAGAAGUGCGUGUGUAUGUGUUUGUAUCUCAGGUCAGCCAACCACUUCAAACAGAAGGCUCAGGUGCGUGUGUGUGAGAUGUGGCUAGCGAGCUGUUUGGAGGAGGUGUGUGAGGGGAGCACGUUCCCGGAGAGGAGCUUCGUGAUGGGCUGGCCCACCUGCAACUGCGUCGCUUUGUUUAGGUACCCACACACUUUCCACAAGAUAUAAACUUCCUGGAACUUUUGUGUUAAAACAGUCUCAAAAUGGGUUAGGUUGAGGUGAGGCAGAAGUUCAUGCCAACACAAGCUCUUUUCAGUAACCCUAAAACUUUUUUGCAGUUAAUCUGCUGGAGCUGCUGUAAACUUGACCUUAAAUACCACACAAAGAGGAGACAGACAGGAUAGGAAGCCUAUUUACAGUCAUACUGAAUUGUUUAAUUGGUGAAUUCCAAUUAUCUAAGCUGCUUGGCCUGAAAUCAAAAUCCUGCCGGAACCUAAUAAAACUUUUUAAUGCUGAUAAACCCUUUAAAAGAUUAGAAAUUACCCAAACUAAAGGUUGCCUACAAGGUUGAGAAAAUGUGAGCGCUCUGUGUACUUCUUCUGAAUUAAAGGCCAUCUGAGGCCUCGAAGACAAACUUGUGGUCGAGUUGACCGAUUAUGAUGAUUAUGAUGAUGAUGUUUGACUAUGUCCCUCUCUAUGUUCCCACCAGUUCACCAGACCUGAAAGAGUGGUGGCUGUCCAUCCUUAAAAGGUAAAAUAGUGUGGUGUGUAAUUGAUAUUGUAUAGUGAGUGGGUGAAUAUGCAUAUUAGACUCAAAAAAAGUGAGCAAGAACUUGAUGACAACCCUGAGGUACAUUAUGUGAUCACGAAGGAGUUCUAAUUUGCGUUAUAACACUAGACAAUCCAUGACUGGUAUCAGCCAAUAAUGACAGUCUUGCUCCUUUGUAUCCUGUUAUCGAUGGUUGAGCUGCCCAGGCUACUCUGUGUCCUUUUACUGUCAUUACUUUCCAUCUUAGCUGAGUAUUAAGUAUCAAAUCCAACUAGGUUACCGUUCAGAAAGCUGUUGUGUGACUAAGGGAGGAAUUCAACUGGCCUGUUUCUCCUCUUCUGUCUCAUCUUAGUCGGAUAAAAGAAGAGAAGGAAAAGGAGGAACCUAAAACAAUCCCACUCAGAGUGUACGGGAAGGGAAUCAAUACUUAUGCCGUUGUGAGUUCAUUUCGACUUUCACCUUUUUCAGCUUUUUCCUUAAUCAAAUGUCAUCAUCAUUUAUUUUUUUUUAACUUCUGCUGCUUCCUCUUCACAAUCAGACCAAGAUGCUUCCUGUCAGCACCUCCGAUUCGACCAAUGAGGUGAUUCGACUGGCUCUGCAGCAGUUUGGCAUCAUUGUAAGUAAAGAAAGAGAAGUUUACAUGUCUCCAUUAAAGUUUCUCAUAACUUAUUUUCCUCAGUGGACUAAGAGUGUUGGUUUUUUAUUGAUUAAACACAGCUAUAACAGAAAGAUAACAGUACUGUUUGCCACUCUGGUUUCCUAAAAUGUAUUUGUGUGUCUCUUUAGGGAAAUGUGAAAGACUACCAGUUGUGGGUCAUCUCCAAGAGGGACAACAGCCUCUACCCUCUCAUAGGUCAGUGACUUCGGAUGUUGUUGUUGUUGUUGUAGUAUGGCAUGAUCUUUCUUUUUCCAUCCUUUGGGGGAGGGGGGCAUGACAGAAAAUAUUCGCUCUAAGCUCUGACACACGAGUGAGGAGGUUUUUUUAGACACAGUAGAACCAUUCAUGGUGCUCCUGCGGUGAAGACGUGAGGGGCUCACAGCUUCUCUCCUCUGUUUCAGGUCAUGAGUUUCCCUUCAGUAUCCAGAUGAGUCAUGUGAGACACACCAUGGCUCUGGGAGGCAGCAGAGAUACGCCGGCAUCGCCUGCGGACAGGCAGCGGGCCAUGCAGGUGGAGCAGAUGCAAGUGUACAAACAGUGCCAGUUCAUCCUGAAGCCUCGGCCCGGUGAAACACUGCAGACAUCUGCAGGUUCGAUUGUCUUCAGAUUAAUCUUUUUCGACAGACUCGACGGUUGAAAUUAUAUGCUAAUGCACUCUCCGAUUCUCUCAUUUCAGAUGUGGGUAAAAAGUCCUUUAAAAGGCGGCGAUCCCUGAUCACCUGGGCCUUUUGGCGAGGCUCCUCCUACAGCAUGAACGAGAUGUCGGACACAGCUCACGGUCGCCUGUUCUGCCAGCCACUUAACCUUAUUUGUGUUGACGGCACUCCGCCAAAGCCUAUCAUGGUAAGUGGGUACACUGAGAGCUACCUUAUAAUUAAAGGGAUAUACCGGCGUGAAAUUAAUUGAGGGUCAAACACACUGUAACACCGAGUUAGACACCCCCUUGAGAGGUGAAUGUUGCUGACCGCUUGCUUCUCUAGUUAUACCAACUUUAGUAACGACCGCACGAUAGCAAUACACGGCGGUCUGAGGAGCCGUAAACAAACCUCAACCAAAACGCCACUCUAUAGCCACAAAUAAUGCUCAGAACAGCACCUAACUUCAUCAACAGUACAUAUAGGGUCCCAGCCAUAGUACUAGCUUCCAAACAUCUUUUUAACUUUGCCUAAUUUCUUUAGCAAAGAGACUAAACACAACUCACCUACUCUCUUCCAGCAGCCGCUUGUUUGUGGCAAGACCUCAGGCCAGUCCAUUACGGACUGCUGCGGGGUGCCGCAGCUCAAGGAAGAACAUUUAUGAUCAUUUCUUCAUGGAAAUGCAAUCAGACGCUAAGGCAGAAGAACUACCGCGUCUGAAGUGCAAAAUGAUUAAUAUAGUGAUUAUUACUUCAAGGAAAUGAUAAAGGAAUUAGAAAAGCACUCGGAGAGCGCAGACCUCCGCCAAGCAGCUCAUGUCCCCCCUUAUAUUGUGAUUCACACCAAAACUUUUACUGUUACGUGUCUUUUAUUAACUUUUAUUUGUGUUUAAACUGGUAUGUUCACUGUUCAUAAUGUUCCUAAAACAAGAAAUGCCCUGACCCGGAUUCGAACCCAGAACCUUCUUACUGUGAGGCGACAGUGCUAACCACUACACCACUGUGCCGCCCAUUGGUUAUCUUUCAGCACUGAAAAUUCCAACGACACCCUUAUUUUUGUGUGUUCUGGAUCACAGUAUCCAGAAUUUUGUCUGGAUCAGGAUCAACCUUUGACACCUCAUAAAACUCAUUGAGAUCCUUUUGUGUAAUUUUUUACGAAAGACUGGCCAUUUUUAUAGAGUUAAAUGCAAAAAUUCCAAAAUUUUCCCUAUCUCACAAUGAUAAAGAAUCCUUCAAAAAAUUCCUGGAUCCAGAAGGCGAUCCGGAUCACCACCAAAAUGUAAUGGGAUCCUACUGGGGCUGAGAUGCACCUCUGGUGAAAAUUUCAGGUCAAUCCUUCUGUUACUUUCUCCGUAAAGUUGCUAACAGAUUAACAAACAAACAAACAAACAAACCAACAAACCAACACUACCGAAGACAUAACCUCCUUGGCAGAGGUAAUGAUCAUAAAUGUUCUUCCAUGAGCACCCCGCAGCAGUCCGUAAUGGACUGGCCCGAGGUCUUGCUACAAACAAGCAGCUGCUGGAAGAGAGUAGGUGAGUUGUGUUUAGUCUCUUUGCUAAAGAAAUUAGGCAAAGUAAAAAGACGUUUGGUGGCUAGAACUACAGCUGGGACCCUCUAUGUCCUGUUGAUGAAGUUAGGUGCUGUUCUGAGCAUUAUUUGUGACUAUAGAGUGGCGUUUUGGUUGUGGUUUGUUUAUGGCUCCUCAGACCGCUGUGUACUGCUAUCCUGCUUUCCUUACUAAAGUUGGUGUAAGUAGAGAGGCAAGUGGUUGGCAACAUUCAUCUCUCGAGGAGGUGUCUAACUCGGUGUUACGGUGUGUUUGACUCCAAAUAAUUUUACGCCGGAAUAUCCCUUUAAGGAAAUCUGGUGCCGGGAGCUAAAUGCUAAUAUCAACAUGCUAAAAUGCUCACAGGAGCCUUCUUACAUAAUCAAAUUUAUAGCCUUGUUAAGCAUCUAAGCAUGAGUAUGUUUACUAAUCAACAGAAGCGGAUAGGAUGAGAUUAUGUUCAGACAUAUCCCAGGUUAAUCGAGGUCAUCUUCAGGGCAGCAUGAAUGAUGACAAGGGUGCAAUUCAAAAUGUUCCCUGUGGUCAAAUGGAUCUCACUAAUAACUAAUUGAAAAGCUGCAGAACUAUAGAGGCAUCAACAUGCAGAGCAGACCUGCCAAAAUGAUCCCUGCAGACAGACUGUCAUUCACAGUGAGCCUCAAACUGCUAAAUGUGGGAAAUGCUGCGACAAAAUCAUGCCCAGUUUUCUACAUACUUGGUCUUGUUUUGGUAAUCUGGGGUAGUCUAGAUCCCCAUCUUUUGUCUGCGCACACAAAUAAAUGCACACAUACUGUCGCCCUUCUCCAGGACAUGCUGGUGUUUCUGUACCACGAGGGCUCAUGCACCCGGGGGAUCUUCCGUCGCCCGGCCGGAGCUCGGGCUGUCAGGGAGCUGCGAGACUCUCUGGAUUUGGGGGUUUUUCAGCUCCCUCUGACGAAAGAUAAUGUCUUCAUCAUCGCGGGAGUCUUUAAAGUGAGACUACAGCUGUGGUUGUUGAACACUGAUUAAUUUGCCUCCUUUCUUGUGUGUGUCAUGCAACUAUGGGAGACCAGUGGGCCUUGAGAUUAAUUUAGUAAUGCAAUCUAGAUUAUAAUCCUUUAUUAUUUUAAAGGGAUAACAGAGAGGCUCUGUGCAUGAGAGCUUCAACUGGGACAGCAGAGGUUUCCUCUUUGUGUUUCGUCUUGAUUAGUCAUAUAUUAAUUAACCUAAGGGUGCAUGUUUUCAGGAUUUCCUGCGCAGCAUCCCGGGUAGCUUGCUGUGCUGUGAGCUGCAUGAAGAAUGGAUGGAUGUGUUGGAGGAAGAUGAAGAAGAAGAGGAGCAAGUGCAGGAUGUUCAAAGGUAGGAAGUAGAUACACUUCAGGCUCUUUAUGUGAUGAGACCUGUCAGGUAUUUACAGCCACGGAAAGGUGUAACUGUAGACCUGUUUUUUUCUUUCUUGUACAGGAUGGUUCUUCGCCUCCCAAGAGAAAACACCAUCUUGCUACGCUACCUGUUGGCUAUGCUGCACGGUAUCCAAGGCAAUGCCCAGGAGAACCAGAUGACCAGUUUCAACCUAUCAGUGUGCAUCGCUCCCAGCCUUCUGUGGCCGCCUGGUGUGCCUUGUAGCCCCGAGGUGGAGGGGGAAGGAACCAAAAAGGUCAAGAAAGGAACUUGCUGAUCUUUGUUGAAUAUUUUCUAAGUGAGCGAAUAGAAAAGAACUAAACGCAGGCAAAAUCUGAGAACUUUUAAUCAAGAGAAAUCUGGUUAGAAAAAAUCCUUGGACAAAGCAUUAGCAAGAAUGCUUUGGAUAAAAGCUCCUGUAAGUAACCACGGACAAAUCAGUCUUUGCUAAUCUGGUCCUCUACAUGCUUCAGACAAUGACUCUCAGCCUGUAAGAGCAGAUCAGUGAGAGCAGUAAGUGUUUCAAGUCUAAUUGGACACAGGUGCUGCCAUGUAUUUUAAAAGGCAAUGCUAAAAAAAAGAAGAAGAAUUUCGUAUGUCUUAAGUUUUUUCGCCCAAAAAAGAAGCAGUCAUCAAAAUUACCAAGGUACCAUGUGCUUUGUCUGAACAUAAAUUCCCAGAAGUAGAGCAGGACAUUGCAAGUCAACUGGAAGAGUCAACGGUGGAGAAUGGUCUAGCUGAGUGCAAAGUGUUGUGGCCUUACCUUUCUUUGUAAGUUGAGAGGGACUCUGUGGAUCACAUGGAGUUGGCCAAUUCAUUCCACCAUUUCCUAACAACAGAAGACAAGAGUUUGGAGAGUGAGUCGGCCGGAACCAGGUGUCUGUCAAGGCUUGGACAUUGUAGUCAAAAGAAUUAGUUAAUAUUGCUUUGUUUGUUACCUGCAGACUGGCAGUUCCACAGGUAGUUGAUGUGGUUAGCACUGUCUGCUGCUGGUACCUGUUUCUUGGAGGUGACACUGGUGGUUAGUCAGUCAGUCAGUCAGUCAGUCAGUCAGUCAGUCAGUCAGUCAGUCGGUGGUCAUUUUGGUUGGCCGUCCCGCAUCCUGGCAACCUUGCUCAGGUUGACUUGCAGCUCUUUACCCAUACGGUCUUAACAAAUAUGGGCUGACGCUCCAGCGCAGUGUGAGCAGGUGUGUGCAAUCCGGUUGAUUACCAGUGACAUCCCACCACAGCUGAUAUCACUUGAGCAAUCAAUAGAGGGUGUGACACACCCCUAUUGUCUCUCUUAUUAAUUAGAACCACAGUGACACUCCUCCUCCUCUGCUCAGUCAAAUCAAGAUGUCACAAUGACUGAGUGGCUUUAAUAAAGACUCUUGACCAAUGUUUACCACAGUCACUCUUUCUCUCUGUAACCUAAGCCAGUCCUGCUGUAAUAAUGAUGCUCUCUUGAACUCUAACUGGAAAAGGUGACAAAUAAAACAUUGUAACACCAGCUGCUGCUCAGAAAUGAUGUUCUGUAAAUGUGAAGAAUACAGCCUUGAAAAUUGCAACUUUCCUGUCAGCUGAUAAAAUGCUCCAAAUAAGAAAUAUUUCGGGGCACUGCUGGAAUAUGUAGAAACUUUGUUUUCUUCCUCCUCUUUCUGCAGGUUUGUGAUCUAGUAAAGUUUAUGAUUGACCACUGUCAGGGGAUUCUGGGAGAAGAUCCAAUCUCACUGUUUGGAGGACCACCACAAAGAGUCAGCAGUGAAGAGAUGGGAUCAGGUACUGACACGACACAAACUGCAGUUUGAAAGCUUUACAUAGGGCAACUUUUGGGCAGCAGUAGCUCAGGAGGUAGAGCAGUUGACCCAUAACUGGAAGGUUGGUGGUCCGAUUCCUCCCUAUUCCUAGUCUGUCUGUUAGGCAAGGAAAGACACUAAACCCACUUUCCUCCCAGUGUGUGUGUGUCUUCCACUGGUGUUUCAAAUUAAAUUUUAUUAUAUGGCGCCAAAUCACAACAGUCAUUAUCCCAAGACGCUUUCCCCAGCAAAGAGCAGGUCUAGACCACGCUCAUUGUUUGAUGAAUUACCUUAAGAUGGGACAGAUUUGACCCAUCUCAUCUAACACGAGUGACAGUGGCAAGGAAAAACUUCCAUUUAACAGGCAGAAACCUUGGUAAGGACCAGACUCAUGUUAGACAGCCACCAGGCUGAGUUGGGGAGAAAUACGGAGACAUAGGAAGGGAGAGAGAGAGAAAAAGGGAGUAGGAAGGAGAGAGAGAACAAGCAAGGAUAAGGGAGGGAGAGAGCAGUUUGUUCAGAGGUCAUAAUCAUGUUUUCUUUCUCUUCUCAUCCCUGGACCCUCAGACUCUUGGCUCUACCCUCUGACCGACUCCUCCUACGACAGUCUGGAGAACGAUCUGGACAACAGCAGCAGUAGUUCUCCCAGCUUAUUCAGCCGAGGCGCCCUGAAACCACACCAGUUUCAAGGCAGCCUGGACUCCAUCUUGACAUUCAGCGACUGCGACCAAGAUGCAGAGCUGGAUACGCAACACAAGCUACACCCACCAGAAGAAACCAGAACUCUAACACAAGGACCAGAACUCUCCUGUCCCAUCAACAACACUCCAACCGUGAGCACCACCACCAACCUGGAGUGGCUGUCCCUGGAUCCUCGGCAUGGGCAGCGGCGGCGGCGAUGCUCGGAACCGGCUAUCGCCUACAUGGCCAAGUACCACCCAAGCGGUGGUGCUCUCACUGGAGAGGAUGAAGAAGACGAAGACAAAGAGGUGUUUUCCAGUAAACAAAGUAGCCAAACGCUCACUCCACCUACAGAUGAGACCAGAAGUGGUCGAAGAGAGUCUGGACAUGGUCUACAGCCAGCACCCACCAGUUCCCCUCUUAGUGAUGAACCCACCAAGGUGACCACACAAGGGGGAUCAACUACACAGACACCCUCCAAUCCUUCUACAGUCCCCUUUACAACAUUCAGCCCGAGGUCCGCUCCCCCCCUAGACCGAGGGACAAGUCAGAAGGCCUCACCGCCGAAAGAAGCGCCAAACUGGGGCGCCUUGAAAGACAGCUGCAGCCUCCACCCAAACUCCUGGCUGAAGAAAAGCAGGAGGCUGUCCCGCAGUCAGCAGGACAACCUGGAGAAGGAAGAGGACGCGAGUGGGGUGAGUCUGGAUUACAGCAGGAACACAGACCGUCCCUUACCCUGGAUUUUACAAUCCUUAGCUUAUUUAAGAAAACUGCUCCAACUGUCAGGUCCUGCUCACCACUCACAGGCUUGCCUCUUCUAAUAAAAAGUAUUUUCGAUCAUAAGAGUCGUUCUAAUUGCUUCCCUCUUUGGUUCUUUUCAAGGCCAGUGGUUCAAGGACUGUGGCCUCAGUAUGGGGCAAGCAAAUUUUACGGUGAGCCAAGUUUUACAGCUUAUUUAGACAGAAAAGGUCAGAGUACUCAAGAUCCUUUAACGCUUUGCUCCAUCAGAAGCAGUUGGAAAAAAACAAAGCUUCUGAUGUGAGAUGAUGCCCCUCCUUGGGUUGUUUAGUUAGUGGCUCUCUGUCCAGGACUUUUAACCCAAGCCCAAUCUGGAUUUUGGACUCAAGUCCAGAGAGGACACUUUAUCUGCUUCUGGUCAACUUUGCUUAAGGUUAAGAAGUGAGUCCAUCUCACUUUGACCCAGUAGACCCUCUGAGGACUGGCCUUUUUUUUGUCAUACUUAUUAUGACAGAGGAAGUUGAAGAAAUAGCUGCUUACUUGUCGUGUUCUUCUCAAUACCAAAGAGGUGUGUUUGUUUCAAUUCGCAGGAAGGACGCAGUGAGCCGCUCCACCUUGGUACACCACCCCGAGAGGAAGGAAAAGCAUCCGAAAGUGGAGGAGGAAUACUGAACUCCAGCUGUCAACCAACCAUUAAAACCACCUGCAGAGCCUUAAAAGACGCAAGAGGAAGAGGAAGGGGACAUGUAAAGGGACAGUCCGCACAGCUUAAACAGAACUCAUUCAGCCCCCCUUCGCAUCACCGCUCCACAGGUAGUCUACAUUUCCCCUUAUCCCCCUGGUUACACUCCACGGACUCCAGGAAGGAUGUCCAGCAGGUUGGCGACAGUGAUGUCAGCGAUGGAGGAGUCACGGACCAAGGGAUUGUGUGGAAGCCAGGGUCGCCAUAUUUGUCUCACAAGAAAAGUAGAUCAUCUCUAUCUGUUCCAAAGGAACACAAGUCCCACUCCGUUGAAGAGGAGUGCGACACCAGGCACCAGCGCAGGGUGUCAGAACCAGGGAGGCAGGUCAUGGAUCGGGCCUUCCAGAGGGAGCGUCUGCCCAGCGACCCGGGACUGAAAGUGACCGAUGUGGACUGGCAGGGGGAGACGUCAGAAGCCCGGUUCUGCCUCACCCCUUACGCCACUAGAGCAGUUAAGGAGUACUUCUCCUCUCACCAGGGGAGUAACCCUCAGAGCAGCCAGCAGGUGGCGCUCGCCCUAGUGGAGAGCCGCAGGGAGUGGGUGAAGAGAUGCAGCGACGCCACAGCAGAACCAGACUUUGACCAGCUUCUGUUUGCUGAAGAAUCCUACGUGUGA